CUGCUCAGCUCAACAUUUCUGUUCCUGUUUACUUUCGUCAGCAGUUUGAAGGCCACAAUGUUCACUAUGCAAGGAACUCCCCCCCGCCUCCUCCACCUCAACCCCUCAGUGGAAAAUCAACACCCACAGGCAGCUGACAAGGGGGUGGGGGAGGAGUAUAAAAGUGAGGAGUUGCUUAGAAUGAAGGUUUGAAUGAGACUGCUGGAUUGGCUCUUAGCGUCGGCUGAUUCAGACUCUCAAAGGUCCUCAGGUAGACAGUCCUUCUCAGGACUCUUCAUAGCACCUCACCUGUCAUCAAACCUCCUCAUUCAUCCUCAGACCUUCUCGGACCUCGUCAGGUGUGCAGCGAUGCCGUGGCUGCUGUCCUCUCAGCUUGACUACGUGUCUUCUUCUCCAUCUGAGCGGCAAUGUGAGCGGACGGCGUUCUCCUUCUAUUGCUCUGUGCGGGAGCGACUUCCUGUCUGGCUGCUGGAAGACAUGCGCUGCAUGGAGGUCUUCUGCUGGGACGACGGCCACCCUCGAGCCUUCCUGCCAUCAGAGGCGCUGCUUUACGCCCUCAUACAUGACCACCAGGACUAUGCACAAUACCUGCUCAACAGGUACUCUGUGAGCGCGCUCAGAGCGCCACGGUGCAGUUACUGCUGCUGUCGCGGCAGUGGGGCACCACACCUGAAUAUUGCGGUUCGCUAUGACCGCUUGGUGAUCCUCGGUAUGAUGAUGGCAGCUCUGAAGAACUGUGGUGAGCAAACCAAGCGACAGGACUACCUGGACAGCUGCGGCGGCUGCUCGCACGUUGCAGAUGCAGGAAAGAGUGCUGUGCAGCUAGCUGUGGAACUGUCGCACGCCGAUUCUUUGCUGCUGCUGCUGGUCGAGGGUGCACGGCCCGACGGCCUCGACGCCGCUCUGCAGAGACUUGUUUCUUGUGACGUGUCGAAACGACACCACGCGCAGCGCUGUCUGGACUACCUGCUGCUCUUUCUGCCCAAACCACCAUUGCUGCAGCGGCUGCAGGACGAACCGCAGCGCUGGCAAAGCCUGUUGGGAAACAAAGUGUUCAGCUGGCUCCAAGGUGUGGCGCCGCCUCCCCUGCUGCUGCAGGCAUUGCGUUCUUUGAUGCAGUUUGGUGCAGACCGAAUCAGCUUGCUGCCCGACUUCCUGCAGCUGCACAGCUGGUAGUGAGAUCAUAUUAGCAUGGAAAUCCUCUUGUAAUUGGACAGUGUGCCAUUGACGUAAAGGCAUGAUGUAAAUAGACUGAAAGCAUCAGGCUUUAGGUCCCAGAGUAUGGUGGAGCUGCCCUGAGAUAAGGUUUAACUGCCAAUCAGUUUCAUUAGCUGCUUAGACAGGACACUGCUGGAUCUCGAGAACACAUGACAGGAAACAUCACACCUAAUAAAACCUGAAUAAACUGUAAAUAAAUUGUAAAUAAACUGUAAUAAAGUGUGAUGGCGAUAAAAGCCGAACCUUCCUGGCUGUGUUUGUGAUCCUGAUGAUGGUUUAAUUAAUUUUAGAUCAAUAGUGCAGACUCUGGUGUAUCUUUGUGAAUCUAAAUAAUCAAGUUAUUUUUUUUUGUGCAGCAAAGCCCAAAGUUUUAAAAUGGUCCUCCAUAAUCCAAUAGGAUGAAAUCUGGUUGAGACAGACAAAAAAGGAUUAUAUGAUCGAACAAGAUCAGAUAAUCCAGUCCGGGUGUUUAGCUGAAUCACACUGAUUUGUGUUGUUCAAAUUAUUUUAGGAUAAGAUAAGAUAAGUGUAAGGCGGAGGCAGAUCUCCCGCCAUGGCAGGGAAAUUUGUGCAUUACCUCAGUUUAGGUGCAGAUGGCAGAAGAAAAAUACAAAAAACAAAUAAAAUACAAACAAAUAAAAAAUAAUUAAGAUAAUAUACUAUAUACAAUGGUGGCAUACACAGUAUGUGAUUAUGGAUAAAGGGUUGUGGAAAUAUGCAAGACAUAAAUGUAACUAUUCUACCAUUACUAUUACUAUGUAAGUAAUAGAUAAGUAUUUUACUUAUAAGUAUAGACAUGUACACGCACACACGCACACACUAAUUAUACAUACACAUAUACCUGCACACGUCCAUACAUAUAAAAAGUGCAAUAUGCAUGAAGUUUGACCGUGGAUGUCCAUAAUGUCCAGUGACGUCGUGACUGAGGAGUUAUAGAUGCUAACUGCUGUUGGGAAGAAUGAUCUGCGACAGCGCUCCUUCCACUUUGAUGAGAUCAGGAUUACUUACAUCCAUCCAGCAGGCUAAAACGACACUUGGGUGUGGAUGAAAUAAUGAAUUAAUUGCUAAUGAAAUAUUUCAUAAAAUACUUGUGUAAAAUCUGAUCAUGGUUAAGGAUCUUUUAUUUAGUGUGAAUUUUUUCCAGUUCUUUUUUGGAGAAAAAGCCCAGUCUGAAUUGGCCUCCGUCUGAUCAGCAGGACCCAGUGUGUCAGCUUCUUCUCAGGUUAGAUUCACUGUGGCAGUGAUGUGGCAAAACUUUUAACCUGCAUCUGUUUGAACUCUGACCUCAGAUCUGACUCGCUUCAGCUCCAGCUGCUCUGUCCCUCUUGUCCUCCUUCCCCCCUUUUUAUUGACUUAUUUCAAACAAAUAGGCUGUUUUGUUCUUGACCUCAGUGAAUAAAACAUUUGAUGACAUGAGUUAGGGUUGGAUAUAAAAUCUGAUAAUAUCAGAUAUAAUCUGAUCAAACAUUUAUCCUAAACAACCUGAGGUGAGAUAGUUGACCCGUUUCCCCUCAGAAAACUCAGAAGUCCUGUGGACUCACCUGCACCUCACUCCUUUUAUUCUUCUUUCCCUUUUAAAUAACAUUCUCGUGUCCUCAGGUUUUAUUGAAGUGUCAGUCAAUCAACGACUGUGCUCAGGUGUGAUGAAGAUCUUUUUGCUUUUAACUCCGUAUGAGUAUUGAUCAUCUGCAGCAUCUGACUUCAGUACUUGAAGUUUCUGAUUGUAGUCUACUGACCAAUCAGGAGUAAAGGAGCAGUGGAUCCAGAAUAUGGAGGAGGGUUGUGACGAAUCACAGAGACUCUCAGACAUCAUGUGACACUGUCAAAUAAUUAAAACCUUCCUUCCAUUUCACAUCACCUGACACACACACGCCGUAUCUUUUAUUACUCAUAAAACAUUUGUCGCUCAUUUGUCGUGGCUGACUUCUCAUCAGAAGGUUGGCGCUUUGAUCCCUGGCUGCUCCGACCUGCAUACCUGAGCAAGACACUGAAUCCCAAGUUGCACCUGAUAGGUAUGCAUGCAAUGUCUAAAUGAGGCGUGUUGUGCAGUUCCAUGUACCAUGUUGGCAGAUCCAGAAGUAUGUGGACGCAUUCAUUUUUAUAGUAUAGACCAGGGGUGGCAACCUGUCUGAUGAUGAGUGCCAUCUAAAAUUUCCUCAGAUGUCAGUGUGCCAUAUGAUUGCAUUAGCAAUAAAUUUAAUAACGCUCUAUAUUAAC